GAUGAUUUCCGGGGUAGGAGUGUCGCCCGAGAAGGGUCCGGGUAGAUCAGUCUAUCGCUACUUCUUUCAUGUCUACCCGGCAGCUGAUGAUUCAAAAUAAAUAUUAAUUAAAAGGGUCAGCCUGCUCUGAGCUAAGCUGUGGGACUUGGAGCUGGUCAGCUCUCGGACUGGUUGCUGGCCAAGAUACCAGUAUGUCAGACGUCGGGAACCAGUCCUGCCUGGCCACGGCGGAAGAUUUUACCUCCUUCCUGCUGUGUGUCUUCCAUUCACUGGAGCAGUGGGCUGGACUGGGCAAGGCCGAGGAUUACCUCAGCGUCAUGGAGUACCUGCUGUGGGUCUUCACCCCUCUGGCUGUGGUCUUCAUCCUGCCCUUCCUCAUCGUCAUCCUCCUCUACCUCUCCAUACUCUUUGUCCACGUAUUUAAGAGGAAGAACCAACUGAAGGACGCGUACUGCAACAACCUCUGGGACGGCGCCAGGAAGACCCUGGCUACUCUCUGGGACGGCCACGGCGCCAUAUGGCAUGGUUAUGAAAUCCAUGGCAUGGAGAAGAUCCCAGAAGAAGGGGCAGCGCUGAUCGUGUACUACCAUGGAGCCAUCCCCAUUGACUACUACUACUUCCUGGCCAGUGUUCUCCUCCAGAAGGGGCGCACCUGCCACUCGGUCGCCGACCACCUCGUCUUUAAGAUCCCAGGCAUCAAGCCCCUGCUGGAGGUGUUCAGCGUGAUCCACGGCCCCCAGGAGGAGUGCGUGCGGGCGCUGCGCGGCGGCCACCUGCUGGGCAUCUCGCCGGGCGGCGUGCGGGAGGCGCUGUUCAGCGACGAGACGUACCCCCUGAUCUGGGGCCACCGCCGGGGCUUCGCCCAGGUGGCCAUCGACGCCCAGGUGCCCAUCAUUCCCAUGUUCACGCGGAAUUUGCGGGAAGGCUUCAGAUCGCUGGGAAGGCUGAAGUUUUUCCGUUGGCUUUAUGAGCGGUUUCGACUGCCGUUCGCUCCGAUUUAUGGUGGCUUUCCUGUCAAAUUCCGUACGUACUUGGGGGAUCCGAUCCCGUAUGACCCCAACGUAAACGCUGUGGAAUUAGCAGCUAAAGUGCAGCAGGCUGUGCAGUCGCUCGUGGACCGCCACCAGGAGAUCCCGGGCAACGUGCUCCGGGCCCUGCUCGAGCGCUUCCCUUCCAAACACAAAGAGGAGUGAGGGUCAGAGCGCUGCUGGGCCCUCGGGAACACAGUGAGGGGUCAGCAGAGCGCUGCUUGGCCCUCAGGAACACAGUGAGGGGUCAGCAGAGCGCUGCUGGGCCCUCGGGAACACAGUGAGGGGUCAGCAGAGCGCUGCUGGGCCCUCGGGAACACAGUGAGGGCACGUUGAGACCUGCACCAGCACUCACAAGAGGAGAAGAACAUUAUCUCACUACCACUUACAAGAGGAGAAGAAUACUAUCACAGCAUCACACUCACACUGACAAGAGGAGAACAGCAUCACACUCACACUGACAAGAGGAGAACAGCAUCACACUCACACUGACGAGAGGAGAACAGCAUCACACUCACACUGACAAGAGGAGAACAGCAUCACACUCACACUGACAAGAGGAGAACAGCAUCACACUCACACUGACGAGAGGAGAACAGCAUCACACUCACACUGACGAGAGGAACCCACACAUACGUUUUAAAAUGUCCCUAAGUAGAACAGUGGUUAUCAAAUAAACAUAACUACUAGGGGUGUGCAUCGUUCCUUUAUUGGACGAUUUUGACCAAUCAGAUCGCUCGAAAUACAUAUGUAUAUCUUUUUUUUCUUUACCUUGAGCAUAGCUAAGGCUAAGAUGUAGCUUAGCCUAUGCACAAUAGUUGAUCAUUGUACAGUAUUUAAAAUUAUGUGGGGGGGGGGGGGGGGGGGGAACCUCAUUCUUUUCUAUACAUGUAACCCUUUAGAUCUUCAAAAUAUUACUUGGUGCCGAUCACUUUCGCUUAAAAUUAUUAUUUAUUUUCCACGAAAAUAUCCAUAUUCUCAAGACUGAAGUAAAUCCAAUACGUUGUGUAUAUGUUGUACGUCCAGGGGGUUGAAGCCUCUUUGGUUUUAGGCGUUUUAUUUUAUCCAACUUUAGUAAUGAUCAUCUCAAACAAGGCCCUAUAAGAAGGUCAAGAGUGAAGCGCAGUGUCACUGCUGCUUGGCGUAGCAGUUCUGGAAGUGCAGUGCUUUCUGUCCAAUGAAAGCGACAACUUUGCAGCUACACUCAGACUACCCUAGCACGCAGUGGGCUGCACGUGUUAGCUAUUGAAGGGAUUCGGCAAUGGGCUGUUCGUCCCCUUGGUAGCAGUUGAUGGCAUGUUCUUUGACUUCUGUCGGGAGAAUGUGCAACGCUGAAUGAAGAGUAACCUAGUGUAAGGAAAUGGCCGUAAAUAUAUUUGGCUGUAUGCAUCAUUGGUUAUGAAUAUGUAAUGGUUUGUCUGUGCAGUGUAAUGUGUGUUGAUGCAGCUUUAGAUGAACCUGUGUUGAACUGGUGUGUUGCCAUGUACAGAAUGUAUUGAUCAAUUGGUCAUGUUUGCGCCAAGGUGUUGUUUUGCCACUGAAUUGUAUUGUGGUGUAUAGUGUUUGUAUGUGGCUGUAUAUUUCUAUUCCUUUUAUUGAACUACUCUGAUUCUACCGUUUUUGCCUACUUUCAAAUUGAACUGCCAAUGUUUGGUUUAUUUAGGGUAAAAUCGUUUUAUGCCUUUUUUUUAUGUGAAAAAUAUUUUUUGUCAAUUACAAAAUAUUUAAAUGUUAUACAUGUGUGACAAAAAAAAAGCCUGUCUAACCCAUCAAUUAUAUAUAUUUUUUGAGAUUUUUCAUUAAAUGUACUGUCAAAUGAUGUAAUAUACACUAUUUGCACUUUCCAAAAAUCGGAGGUCCAAUUGCAAACUAUUGCGAUCCAGGACUGUGAAGUCAUCCUGAAUAAAUAUAUUUUACUAUGA